CCCCCGGAAGAGCCCCCCGCGGCCCGCGCGCCCCAGUGGGCGUCGGCCGCGGGCAGGAGGGCUGGUCGGCGCGCCGGCGGGAGGGCGCGGGGGGCCCGCGCGGGGCAGCGCCCCAGGGCCGAGACGCGCGCCCCCCCCCCCCCCCCGGCCGAGGGCUGCUGCCUGGACCAUUGCCCGCACCUGUCCGUCUUCGUCUACGCGGCCAUCGCCUUCUCCAUCACCUCCUGCUUCUUCAGCUAGGUGCACCUGCCGCCGUCCCGAGGGCCCGGGCGCGGGCGCGGAGACCACGGGCGCGGCCUUUCGUGUCCGGGACGCGCGCCGCAUCCCCUCCUCUGGCUCCUCACGAGCGCCAGCCGGGCCCCGGAGCUGGGGCUGGACCGGAGCGCAGGACACGGUGAGUGUGGCGGCUGUCGGGUGGCCCGCCGCGUGCUGACCCGGACUGUGCGUCUCUCCUGCCUGAGGCUUUGCUGCGGCCGCCGGCCGGGGCCGAGACCGCCAGCAGGAGAGGCUGUCCUGGCAGGAGGCCACGCUGUCGCCCUGUCGUGGACGGCGUGGGCCCCCGGGGCCUGCACGGGAUGA